AUGCGGUUCAGUCUCAUCACCGGCAGUUUUCUGGCGCUCGGCUCUUUUGUCGAGGCUGGUUUCAACCAGGGCGCCAUCAAAGCCUUCAACCGUCCUCACCCUCGUCAUUACGACCAGAAGCGCGCACCUGUCCCUCCAAAGCCGUCUUUUGAAAAGAGAGCCAAGUCCAAGUUCUUGAACAAGAAUUCAGAAAAGUUUGCAGUAAACGGAUCUGCUAUUCCUGAAGUGGAUUUCGAUGUUGGAGAGUCUUAUGCUGGACUUUUGCCCAUCUCUCAAGACCCUGAUGAGGAGAGGGAGUUAUUCUUUUGGUUCUUUCCCAGUACCAAUCCCGAUGCUGGAGAAGAGGUUCUGAUCUGGUUGAACGGCGGUCCUGGAUGUAGUUCACUUAGCGGUCUUUUGACUGAGAAUGGUCCUUUCUUGUGGCAGCAAGGCACUCUUGCUCCUGUAGCCAACUCAUACAGCUGGACCAACCUGACCAACGUCAUCUGGAUUGAACAGCCUGUCGGUGUAGGCUACAGCCAAGGCAAGCCCAACAUCACCAACGAAGUAGAACUCGGCCUUCAAUUUAUUGGUUUCUGGCGCAACUUUAUCGACACCUUUGAUCUUAAAGGUGCCACAACCUACAUCACCGGCGAGUCCUAUGCGGGCUACUAUGUCCCUUACAUUGCCGACGCCUUCAUCACAGCUGCCGAUGAUGACUACUACAAGCUUGGCGGUGUUGCCAUCAACGACCCAAUCAUUGGCGAUGGCACACUUCAGCAGCAAGCUGUCAUCCUCCCCUUCAUUGAGUACUGGGAGAAGUUGUUCUACCUCAAUGAGACGACAAUGAAUGCACUCCGCUGGACACAUCAGCACUGUGGAUUCGACAAGUAUCUUGAGAAGUACGGAACUUUCCCCCCGCCCGAGGGAAAGUUUCCCGUCCUGCCUGAUCCUUAUCUGGACACCAAGAACUACACUUGUGAUAUGUUUGACUGGGGUUACGCUGCUGCUCUUGACCAGAACCCUUGCUUCAACAUCUAUCACAUCACUGAUACUUGCCCUACCACUUACAGCCAUCUCGGAAUAGUCAACUCGGGCGACUAUUCUCCUCCUGGUGCUGAAGUCUACUUCAACCGCACAGACGUCAAGAAAGCUCUCCACGCUCCUGUAGACACUACCUGGUACCAAUGCACUCGUAACAAUGUCUUUGGUUUCGGCAACCCCAAUUCCACUCGCAGCGACACAUCUCUCGCUCCCGCCCAAAACGGCGUCCUCAAGCGCGUCAUUGAGCACACCAACAACACCAUCAUCGGUGUAGGUCGCUUGGAUUACAUUCUUCCUCCCAACGGAACACUUUUUGCUCUGCAGAAUGUAACCUGGAACGGAAAGCAAGGAUACCAGAAGUAUCCUCAAGACAAGCAGUUCUACGUACCCUUCCACCCGGAGCACAAUGGUGGACGGCUCAGCGAGGCGGGCAUUGUUGGACAGUGGGGAUAUGAGCGUGGCUUGACCUACUACGAAGUUCAGCUCGCCGGACAUGAGCUUCCUGGAUACAGCGCCGGUGCGGGAUACCGUGUUGUUGAGGCUCUGCUUGGAAGGAUCAAGAACCUGGGAGUUAUCGAAAACUUUACCACACAAAAGGGUGAUUAUCAGGGUAAUGGUACAUCGAUGAGUAUGAGGGGUUUGAACCCGCUGGAACAUCCUUAUGGACCCAACUACUAUUAA